GAAUAAGUCAAAGCAUAUGAGACAUCAGUCGGUGUGUACAAGUCGAAGUGAAGUGUAGUGACUAGCCGAGUAUAAAAAAUGAAAUUUUUUAUUUUCACAAUUCUGAUUGCUUUUGCAUUUGCAAAGAAUCCACCAAAAUGGGAGAAAAAUUAUCUUGUUAAAGGAGUUUUAUUUAUUCCAUAUGCUGAAAUUGAAGAGCCAUUUUCAGCAUGGUACGAUGAAACAACUGGAAAUAGUAGAAUCGAUUAUUAUGGAGAAACAGUGAAAACAUAUCAGCUGGUUCAUGAAGGUCAAUACGGAACAUCAAUAAAAAUUGCUCCAGUAACGACUGAUGAUUAUGCGAGUAAACAAACAUGUCUACAAGUCAAUGGAAGUGCUGAAUAUCAUAUCGGCGUACAAGCAAUUUUGCCAUUUGUAAAAAGUUUCUCACUCCUUGACACUGUCGAUUGCAAUGGAUUCAAGUGUGAUCGCUUCCGUUUUGAAGAGACGAUUGGUGAGAAGAAAAGCGUGUACACUUUGUGGGUUAGAUAUAAGAAAUCCCCAAAAUAUCCAUCAUCAUUGAUGCCAAUUCCAGUUCGUUAUGAUAUGAAAGGAUACAAUACAUUACUUGGCUCACACAUUGAUCAUUACUACUUAAUGUACACUGACUACUCACAUGAAGACAUUCCAAAUGAAAUUUUCGAAGUUGAACUCGACAAAUGUCAAUCAUUCCCAGGACCUGGCAACAAACAUUUUGCCACAAUGAAUCCUAUGAUGGAAUUUAUUCAUCCACGCAAUGAGGAGCAUGUUGAUGAUGAGUUUGAGAGAUUCAAGAGGAAACAUGAUAAGGAUUACGAAACGCAUCAUGAACAUGAGAAUCGUAAAAACAUUUUCCGUCAGAAUUUACGUUUCAUCCAUUCAAAUAACCGUAAAGGCUUGGGAUACUCCUUAGGUGUCAACCAUCUAGCUGACAGAACUGCUGACGAACUGAAGGCAUUGAGAGGAUUUAGAUCAUCAAAAGUCUAUAAUGGUGGUCGUCCAUUCCCAUAUGAUGUUGAAGAAGAAAUGGAUCAUCUACCUGAUCAAUAUGACUGGAGACUUUAUGGAGCUGUGACACCUGUUAAGGAUCAAUCUGUUUGUGGUUCGUGUUGGAGCUUUGGUACAGUUGGAGCCAUUGAAGGUGCUUAUUUCCUCAACAAUGGCAAUAAAUUAGUAAGAUUAUCUCAACAAGCUCUAAUUGAUUGUUCGUGGGGCUAUGGAAAUAAUGGAUGCGAUGGUGGUGAAGAUUUCCGUGCUUAUCAAUGGAUGAUGAAAGUCGGUGGAAUUCCAACGGAAGAGAGUUAUGGAAAUUAUUUGGGACAGGAUGGAUAUUGUCAUAUUAAUAAAGCUGAUCUUGUUGCACCAAUCAAAGGAUGGGUUAAUGUUACUGCUAAUGAUGAAAACGCAUUCAAAGUCGCAUUGUUCAAGCAUGGUCCACUUUCUAUUGCAAUUGAUGCAAGCAAGCGUACCUUUACAUUCUACUCACAUGGUGUCUAUUUUGAUGAAAAAUGUGGUAACACAGUUGAUAAUUUAGAUCAUGCUGUGCUUGCUGUUGGUUAUGGAACAAUGAAUGGAGAGCUUUACUUCUUGAUUAAAAAUUCAUGGUCAACAUACUGGGGCAAUGAUGGAUACGCUCUCAUGUCUGCACGCAAUAACAAUUGCGGUAUUAUGUUGGAUGCAACCUACGUUCUCAUGUAAAGUGUUCUGUGAUUUCGAGAAAGGACUGCAACUCAUUUAAUAACUUUUCAUAUGGAAUUCCAUUGAUUACAAAUGUGUAAAUUUUCUAUUAAAAUUUAAUUUUCAAAAAUCACUCUUUUUAAUUUAAAAUGUUUUUUUUAAAAACUAAUGUAAAUUUCAUGAUUACACAUUGCUGGCAUUCGGUAAGAAUAAAUUUUCAUUUCUGAUUUUAAUUUUAAUUCGCAUGAAGAAAUUUCUAUCCGAUUAUUAUGUUCAUUAUAUUCAAUUACAAACCUAUCGAUCAUGACUGAAUAAAUUCAUAGUUUUU